ACUCCCUGACUGAAGAGAGAGACGAGUUGAAGAGAAUCAACCUCAAAAUGGUGGCAACUAACAAAAACCUGUCUGAGGAAAGAGACGAUCUGGGGAGGACUCUGAGAGCCGGGGGAUGGAUGUACUUCAGCGGUAGUCUCUAUACCAUUUCUCCUAUCCAGAAAAACUGGCAAGAGAGUAGGGAUGACUGUCUUCAAAAAGGAGUAGAUCUGGUGAUUAUCAACAGCAGAGAAGAAGAGGACUACAUAUUAAGUUUUCGUAUGAAGGUGUGGAUUGGACUCACUGAUCGAGAGACAGAGGGCAGAUGGAAGUGGGUCGAUGGGACUCCGCUGACCACAAGCUACUGGUACCCCGGUGAGCCAAAUGGAACUUUGAAGCUGGACGAAGACUGUGCACAAAUAUAUUACAGUGAUGCAAGAAUAAGCUGGACAGAUAGCCAUUGCAGUUAUAAUACAAAUCGAUGGAUAUGUGAGAAGAGAUUGGCAUAACUCCACAUCUAGUCCCACAAAACGAUGAUG